AUAGAGGUUAGGGUUAGGGAUGAAAUUUUUUUAUUUUAGUUAAAAAUUUUGUACAAUUUGUAUAUAAAGCGAUGGAUAAUCUAACUAAUUUGUGUCGAUUUUGUCUACAUUCGAAUGAAAAGAAUUUACUUAUAGAAGGACGUUUUAGGGAGAGGAUAUUAAACAUUGGAUUGAAUAUACCAGAAAAUCCCAAGAUACCUUCAAUAAUAUGUUUAAGUUGUGUAGAUUUCAUUAAUAAAAUAUAUUCAUUUAUUGAAACAGCUCAUAACUCAGAAAAGGUUUUACAAAAACUUUUUUGUGAAAAUAAUUCUGAAGAUGUCAAACAGGAUCCAAUAAAUGAUGUACCUUGUAAAGCAAAUUUAUGAAAUAGAAAGUGAUAGCAAUAUCAGUUCUAGAAAUAUACAAAUCCAAUCAUCUCCAGUUAUAUUUCAAAAGAAUGAAAAAUCAUCUGUAGAAGCUAAAGAUAUCCAUCAGGAGGAUUCUAGUGAUAAUUGUGAUGAAAUUUUAUCAAUAAGAUCUGGAAGUACAGCAUUGCAAGCGGUGGAGUUACACAAUGACAGAUUUAUAUACCAAUGCGAUAUAUGCCGCCAAAAAUUUGAUGUCUUUUUUGAUUAUCAAGAUCAUCAGGAAUCCCAUAAUGGAGAGUUUGUUUUUUGUUGUUCUAAAUGCAAUGAGGUGUUUGCUAAUAGAACAGAUCUUGUUGAGCAUGAGUAUAAUCAUAGAAUAGGAUGUCCAAUUUGCCAGAAACUAGUGUUGCCUAAAAGUUUGGAUGCACAUAUGAAGAAACACUCCGAUGUUUUUAAGUGCAAUAUGUGCGACUCUCGGCAUUCUUCAAAAGCAGCUAUGGAAAAACACAUAAAAGCGCGGCAUGAAGGCUUAAAGGGAUACAUCUGCCAUAUAUGUGGAAAACAGAAUAGUUGUCAAACGUCCAUGACUCGCCAUCUAGCAUCUCAUCUUCAAAACAAACCAUAUACAUGCAAUUUCUGCAGCUUUGCAACGAAAUUGAAAACGCUUUUGAAAGUACAUACAUCUAGGAAACAUUCCUCUGAAAAAUGCAUGUGUGACAUAUGCGAAAACUGGUUUAAAUCAAAAUUUAGUUUGAAACGGCACCAAAAACGUAUGCACCAUCCUAAAAAGUACCGUUGCAAUCACUGUGGAAAGCAAUUUCGUGAAAAAUUUAAUUUGACUCAACACGUACAAAGUAAACAUUCCAAACAACGUGUAUAUGAGUGUAAAAUUUGUCAUCAGGAGUUUUAUACCACGCAACAUUUGAAAGACCACAUGCACACUCACCGAAGCGGCUGCGUCAGUUGUCCGAAGUGUAGGAAAGUUUUUGCGUACAAGAAAUAUUUGGAGAAACAUAUGAUCAAAUGUACUGAUGCGAAGAAUAAGAAGGAAAAUGUUGAUAUUUCUGUGAUAAAAAAUGAAAAUGAUUAAAUAUAAUAUAUUUUAU